GACUGCACGCCCCCAGCUGCGGCCGUAGAGUCCUUAUUUUCUCUUCUCCCACAUGAGGCGUGGCUCAGUCGGUGUCAAAGCCUGCAGCCCGUCCGGUCGCCAGAGUCCUUGCACCAAAGGACCACCCAUUCACCUUCCCUCUGGGGCGAUGUGCAGGCCAGUUAGAAACCUCAGGCUCCCGAGGGAGCCAGGUCUCUUCCCCAUUUUCUCCCCCUCGGGGGGCCCUGUGGGCAGCCCAGGGCUCCACAGGGUCAGGGCUGAGUACACGAAGUUGGGGGACGGCUGCUACUCAGAUUCGGACUCAUGAGGAGCCGCCCCAAUCCCAGGCACGGAUUCCACUCCUGGUGGUGGUCGGGACGCCUUGCUAGUGUCCUCUCAUCGGGAACUGGACCAUUCAGAGUUAUUAUGAGUCACAAAGCCCUAGGGCCUUGGGGGGCACCACGGGGCGGGGUCUGGGCCCCCACCCCCCACCCCGAGGCGGGGUGACGCUCGCGGUCACUUCACAAGGCAGAAAUUGUUACCUAGGCAAUAAAGGGCACCGCGGCGGUGGGGGCCCGGGAGUGGGCACAUGGGGGUGCAGGUGUGCAGGUGCCAAGCGCCAUGGGUUAGGCCCGAGAUCGGAGUCCGGCCGCCCAUCGACAGCAGCCGCCUCCUGCUCCCCACGAGCCCCAGGCGCCACCAUGUCGGGCGACAAACUUCUGAGCGAACUCGGCUAUAAGCUGGGCCGCACGAUAGGCGAGGGCAGUUACUCCAAGGUGAAGGUGGCCACGUCCAAGAAAUACAAGGGCACGGUGGCCAUCAAGGUGGUGGACCGGCGGCGCGCGCCGCCAGACUUCGUUAACAAGUUUCUGCCACGCGAGUUGUCCAUCCUUCGGGGCGUGCGGCACCCGCACAUCGUGCACGUCUUCGAGUUCAUCGAGGUGUGCAACGGGAAGCUGUACAUCGUGAUGGAGGCGGCCGCCACCGACCUACUGCAGGCCGUGCAGCGAAACGGGCACAUCCCCGGGGGGCAGGCGCGCGACCUCUUCGCGCAGAUCGCCGGUGCUGUGCGCUACCUGCACGACCACCACCUGGUGCACCGCGACCUGAAGUGCGAAAACGUGCUGCUGAGCCCUGAUGAACGCCGCGUCAAGCUCACCGACUUCGGCUUCGGCCGUCAGGCGCAUGGCUACCCCGACCUGAGCACCACCUACUGCGGCUCGGCCGCCUACGCGUCGCCCGAGGUACUCCUCGGCAUCCCCUACGACCCCAAGAAGUACGACGUAUGGAGUCUGGGUGUCGUGCUCUACGUCAUGGUCACCGGGUGCAUGCCCUUCGACGACUCCGACAUCGCCGGCCUGCCCCGGCGUCAGAAGCGCGGCGUUCUCUACCCCGAUGGCCUCGAGCUGUCUGAGCGCUGCAAGGCCCUAAUAGCCGACUUACUGCAGUUCAGCCCGUCGGCCAGGCCCUCCGCGAGCCAAGUAGCGCGCAACUGCUGGCUGCGUUCGGGGGACUCCGGCUAGAAGCCGGGGUUCCCACCAUUCCCGCCGCCCCGAGCACUGCGCAAGCGCAGCGCACGCGCAAGAAGCGCGCUUCCGGAGUUCCGCGAAGCCGCCGCGCGCCGUUGCGCACGCGCCCUUUCCCCUUUCCCACUUCGACGCCGGAGGCGGCAGUCGUCCGCGUUUGGAAUUCAGCUCGUCCGCCACGAUCCCAAGAGCAGAAGGGCGCGCGCGCUUCCUCGGUUCCCCGAGAGAAGGCCCCGGGAAGGGGAGAAGCUGCUGGCGAGCGGACGCGCGCGGAGGGCGUCUGUCCACAGCCAGCCGCGCAUGCCGGUGAGGGACGGCGCGCUCCAGGCGCUGCCCCCCUUGGAACUUGCAAUAAACUCGCUCUUUCUCGCACCUGGCUCUAGCGACGGCCCCCUUUUACGGAGCUGGGGGGAGGGGAUCGCUCCCCGGGAGAAGGCAGGCGCGGGCGUCCCAUUUUAGAGAAAGGCUUGUGGAGGUUCUUGCUACAGGUCUGAAAAGGGAGUUGGAAAGAUUCGAACCCAGACCUUUCGGGCUCCCCAUCUUGGGCAGACUCGAAGGGGCUUUGGAGUCGUCCCCGGCGUCGUAAUGGUCCUGGGAAUGGAGGUGCUGGACUAGGGAGCAAGAACCCCAGCACCCUUCUGGUGUUUAAGGAUGGAACAGCAAGGGGCGGGGGGCGCCUGUCCCUACAGAAACAGCAUUUGCAAAAGAGGAAAUUGAUGCCCACACCGGUAUCACUUGCCCAAGAACAGCC